GCUUUACAUCCCGUUGCAGCCGGCCUAUAAAGUAAUCACUUACCAAGCGUAGUUACUGACCAGGCUCAAAGAAUUCGCAAGGUCAAAUGUGGUGAGGAAAAGCCCGCAUGCAGGAGAUGCACGGAUACGGGGAGAACCUGCGGAACCCGGAGAUUUUUUAUCCAACCCCCAUCGCUCCCGUCGGACAUGCCAGGGUGCCACCACACCAUGGCCGCAUGCUAGUGUUGCCAUGCGAGGCAGGAUCGGCAAAUCGACAGCGCAGCAUACUGCCGAUGAUGCGGAUGCUGCCGUCUAGUUUCCCUGGUCUGGAAGGCAGCCAAGGCCGGGCCCUGCAGUUCUUUGGCAGCGUGGUCGCGCCCGCCCUCUCCAAAGGCAGCAAAGAUGACUUUUGGAGGAGGACUGUUCUGCAGAUGGCCAGCACCCAACCGGCAGUGCGCCACGCCUUGACGGCCAUCAGCACCGUGUUUGAGGAGUCCGUCGUGCGCGACCCGUCUCACAUAACCCCCGCCACGUCAACAAUAGGCCAGAACCCACUGGCCACGGCCGAGUACAACAAGGCGAUCCGGCACAUGAUGAAAUGCACCGACGACCAGCUCGCCGUAGUGGUGUGCAUAAUAUUCGUCAGCCUCGAGAUCCUCCAGCAGAACCGGCUCGCGGCCGUCGACCACUGUCGCCACGGCGUGCUCAUCAUGAACAACACCCAGACGAUGAGCCCCUGCGUGCGCGACAAGAUCCUGCCCACGCUGCGCCGCUUGGCAGUGUUUCCCUACUUCUUCGGCAGCGUACCCGACUCCUUCCCGGCCCUGUCUGACGCUUUCCACCCGAUGGAGCGGUUCCACGUCCUGGAUGAUGCCGUGGCCAGCAUGGAAUACUGGACAUCCCGCGCGAUCCGCCUCAUCCGCAGAGCCGACCCGUACCGCAUCCCUCGGGGCUGCGACGACGGCCUUCCAGAGGACGACUACAUCGACCCGUACCGCGGUGGGCCCCUGAGCGGCACCCCGAUACCCGACGACAUGCGGGCGGAGCAGCGGGUGGUCCUGGGGCUGAUGCGUCGCUGGCAGAAUGGCAUGCACGAAUAUCUGUCCAUGGUCGCUGCCGCAGCGUCGACCAUCGACCCGGAGGAUUCGUGGAAGUCGUGCUUGCUGCGGAUGCGGUGUUUGAUCCUGCAGGUGUGGCUGACGGUGAAUUACCUACCGGACGAGGGUCAGAUGGCGUUCGAUCGGCACAUGGGCUCGUUUCGCGAGAUUGUAGCUCUCGGCUACGAGAUGCGCGCGAGUCGACAGGCCUCGGCAGCGCAGCAUCGGCCAUCCGAUUCCCCAACUGAGACGCCACCUCGCAGGUCCGAAGCCGGCACCAGCGCAGCCACAGCCCAGUUCAGUUUCGCGUCCGACAUGGGCGCGCUGCCGAUCCUGUUCUUCGCGACGGUGAGGUGUCGCGACCUGGAACUCAGGCUGCGGGCGCUGGCGCUGCUGUGGGAGCUGUCCACCGCGCGCGAGGGCCUGUUCCGCGUCGAUCGCAUGGCGCACACCGCGCGGAGGUGCGUGGAGCUGGAGCACGGCGUGGAUCUGGCGCGAUGGCGGUGGCGCGACGGCGGGGGUGACGAUCCUCUGCGUGAGUUUCGAAACGUCGCCUUCGGGGAUAACCCGGCCGCGUGGUCCCACGACCCACUCGAGGCGGUGCCAGAAGGAAUGAGGCUGUGGGAUGCCGUCGAUCCAGUCCUGAUGAAGGCGGUUCUUCGGAGAGGCGAAAAUGGACUUGCCAAGGAGCAGGCUCCUGCAAGAGGCAGGACGGUCAGGUUUAUUCGAUAUCGUGACGGAAAGCUACAGAGAUGGGAGGAGAAGCUAUCUAUUAAUGAAUAGGCACGGCUUUCUUUCUCUUACGCCGUGGGUCUAGAGUGAUAAAACCGUUGUACACAAAGAAGAGUCUCACAUGCGACCCACGGCUUACAAAGUAACAUCUAGGCAGAAGACGUACCUGCUGGAGGGUUGUGGAGUUUGUCUUGCAUACUUAUUCCCACCAUACUUGAGUUUUCCGCAAGCACCAAUCUUUGU